GCUCAGCGCCCCGGCCACAAGGCCACACGGCCGCGGAGCCACCCCACGGCCGCCUGCAGGGAGCCAGGGCCGCUCCGCCUGGCUCCCACCAUGAGCGCUGAGCUCAGCGUGCCUGCGGACCCCUCCACCCCGGCCUGCUCUGAGCCCGGCCACAAGGGCAUGGAUUACCGGGACUGGGUCCGCCGCAGCUACCUGGAACUGGUCACCUCCAACCACCACUCAGUGCAGGCACUGUCCUGGAGGAAGCUGUACCUGAGCAGGGCCAAGUUGAAGGCCUCCAGCCGGACCUCAGCCCUCCUCUCUGGCUUUGCCAUGGUGGCCAUGGUGGAGGUGCAGCUGGAGACACAGUACCAGUACCCACGGCCGCUGCUCAUCGCCUUCAGCGCCUGCACCACGGUGCUGGUGGCUGUGCACCUGUUCGCGCUGCUCAUCAGCACCUGCAUCCUGCCCAACGUGGAGGCCGUGAGUAACAUCCACAACCUCAAUUCCAUCAGCGAGUCCCCGCACGAACGCAUGCACCCCUACAUUGAGCUGGCCUGGGGCUUCUCCACCGUGCUCGGCAUCCUGCUCUUCCUGGCUGAGGUGGUGCUGCUGUGCUGGAUCAAGUUCCUGCCUGUGGACGCGCGGCCCCAGGCCGGCCCCCUGCCGGGCCCCGGUGGCCACACUGGCUGGCAGGCGGCUCUGGUGUCCACCAUCAUCAUGGUGCCUGUGGGCCUCAUCUUCGUGGUCUUCACCAUGCACUUCUACCGCUCGCUGGUGCGCCACAAGACAGAGCGCCACAACCGCGAGAUCGAGGAACUGCACAAGCUCAAGGUGCAGCUGGACGGGCACGAACGCAGCCUGCAGGUGGUGUGACUGCUGGCAGGGCCCCGCCAGGCAGCCCAGGACCACAGCUGGCCUCCCACCCGAAUACUGUGAUCACCUGGUGCUGCCCUGGCAAAAGUGGAACUCCGGCAAGGUGCGAGACUGUGGCCAGUGCGCUCGGGCUGAAUCAGGAGGUUCCAGUUUAGGCAGCUGUAGUUUGAGCCUCGCUCCCAGGUAGGUUUCCUGGCAGCAUUGGUCAGGCAAGGGCAUUGCAAAGACCCAGGAGCAGGGCUUGAGUGCAGAGGAGCUGCCCCAGCCAGGCUUGGCAGCUGAUGGGCAGCGUGUCCAGUGGAACUACAGCAACAUGACGGGACACAGGAACAACACGGCAUGGUGCUACCCUCCCAGCCCUGGGAAGAGCCAGGUAACCUGGCUGAUGGCAUGAAGCCAGA